UGGCAAUGUCGCAGAAGGGCAAAAUUGUUUUAAAAAACAAGGCUAAAGAAGCAGAAAGUUACCAGGAAUCAAAAAAAUUUUAAUUAAUGGUUUAAUGUAAGGUACAAACCUGUUGACAAAGGAUUUAUCAAAGUAAAAUAUUUUAUGCCUGUGACCACUACCAUAGUUACAACUAGUUGAAUCCGUUUUGCUUUUAGUGGUAAAACUACAUAUGGCGUAUUCGUCAGUUUCCGACGAACUUGGAGAAGAGUUCAAUCCCAAAAAAGAAGAAAAAGAAGGAAGUAUUCUUGAAGUUGGUGAUCAAGCUGUUUGGUCCCUUUCCUCGUGCAAAGCUGGCUUUGGAAUUGAUCAACUAAGAGAUGACAGUACUGACACAUACUGGCAAUCUGAUGGUCAAUUACCACAUCUGGUCAACAUUCAAUUUAGAAAGAAAACAACCAUCCAAAACAUCUGGAUAUUUGCGGAUUAUAAGGCAGAUGAGAGUUACACACCAAGUCGAAUAUCCAUAAGAGCAGGAACAGGUUUCAGUGAUUUACAAGAAGUAGAAGUAGUAGAACUAAAUGAACCAAAUGGCUGGAUAGCAAUCCCACUAAAGGACGCCCAAGACAAGUACAUUCGAACAUUCAUGCUUCAAUUAGCCAUACUCAGCAAUCACCAAAGUGGCCGUGAUACUCAUCUCCGAAAUGUUAGAGUUCAUUCACCAGUUUCACAAACCAUAGUUGCAAUCAAACCAUUGCAGAAUUUUCAGUUUUUGAGCAGAGAAAUGUGCAUGUUUAACACUCUGAAAUAAAAACACGUUAAAGCAAAAAUACAAUAUAUGGCAUUAGUUGCGGUACUAUUGCUUUAAAGUUU